AUGCCACAUCGGUCACAGGCCAAAACUCUGGGUGCGUGGGCGACGGUUGUUGUGCAAGAUGUACAUCUUAGAUACGAAGACACGACCUCCAUCCCAGGCCAAACACUGAGUGCCGGUGUGACGUUGGGCAGUUUCGAGGCACAGUCAACGGACUCUCAUUGGUCAGAGGGGUUUCUGCAGCUCAGCGCGCCUGUCAAUUACAAGCUGCUGGAUGUGAAAGACAUCGCUUGUUACAUCAAUGUGACUGGCGACGUUGUUUUUCCGGCGAACUGUCCCGAUAGCGAAUUCUACGGGCGGAUGCAGAGCAUGGUGGGCAAGGGCAAGAAACCAGUAGAAGGUUUAGACGGGCCCAUGCAGUAUCUGAUCAAACCCAUUUCGUGUAAUGCGAAAGUCAAACUCAACCGCACACGCCCACUGGACACGUCUAUGCCGAAGGUAGAGGUCAAGGUUGCCAUAACAACCCUCCCGCUGAUAUUGAGAGAGCAACAGUAUGAGACUGCAACGAAUGUUGCCGAGGCCUUCACACGCAUCCACAGAGGAGCCGCGUACCGCCGAUUCAAACCAUCUGGCACUCCCUCUGCGGCCGGUCGAUGGAAGUUUGCGCUGGACUGCGUCAGGCAUGACAUCAGAGAACGCAACAGACGGUACACGUGGGCGUAUUUCAAAAGUAGGCGAUUGGCUAAAAUCGAGUACAUCUCUGCGUAUGUGGUCAAAGAGACCCAAUUACCGGUCCCAGAAUCCGUUACAAAAGUACUGGAGCGUUUGGAGAAGGAACUCACUUUCGAGGAUAUUCGAUACUUCCGGUGA